AUUUUCCUAGCCGUAACAUAUGAAGAGGAUGGAAACCAAAUAGUAAAGUAAUAUCGCACACAGAAGUGUAAACUAGUGUAAUCAGACAUUCGUUCGGGCUCACUUCGGGAAUAUUCGGAACAGUUCGGAAGCCGCCACGAGUGGGGAGGCGCGAAGGAUCUGCGCCGGAGGAGUGGAGGUGUAAGAUGGAAGAUAAUGCCGACCAGAUUUUUACAUUCAGGACAUCUCUACCAGUGGCCCAAUUCAGUCGCGGCGACUUCUCCCUCUGGUCGGUGCUGAAGAACUGCGUCGGGAAGGAGCUGUCCAAGAUCACCAUGCCGGUGGUGUUCAACGAGCCGCUGUCCUUCCUCCAGAGGAUGCUGGAGUAUCUGGAAUACGCGCAUCUGCUGAGGAUGGCUUCGGAGCAGACAGACCCUGUGGCCAGGAUGGAGUAUAUUGCUGCGUUUGCCGUGAGCGCGCUAGCUUCGAACUGGGAGCGGCUGGGCAAGCCCUUCAACCCACUGCUGGGAGAGACCUACGAGCUGGAGCGUCAGGAGUUUAGAGCGGUUUGCGAGCAGGUGUCCCACCACCCGCCGGUGUCUGCGUUCCACGCGGACAGCCCGCACUUCGUGUUUCACGGCUCGGUGCAUCCAAANUUCUUUACAAUAACGUUUGCCGUGAGCGCGCUAGCUUCGAACUGGGAGCGGCUGGGCAAGCCCUUCAACCCACUGCUGGGAGAGACCUACGAGUUGGAGCGUCAGGAGUUUAGAGCGGUUUGCGAGCAGGUGUCCCACCACCCGCCGGUGUCUGCGUUCCACGCGGACAGCCCGCACUUCGUGUUCCACGGCUCGGUGCAUCCUAAGCUCAAGUUCUGCGGCAAGAGCGUCGAGAUACAGCCUAAAGGGCACGUCACCGUUGAACUGCCGAGGUGGGGAGAAGCCUACACCUGGACGAACGUCAACUGCUGCGUGCACAAUGUGAUCGUGGGCAAGCUGUGGAUCGAACAGUACGGGCCCAUGGAGGUGGUGUGCCAUGGCGGCGCGGGACUGAAGGCCAGCCUCAACUUCAAGCCGGCUGGCUUCAACAACCGGGACCUGCACCGCGUCGAUGGCUUCAUUUCCGACUCUAACAAAAAGCGGCUCCGUUUCCUAUACGGCAAGUGGACGGAGUACAUCAAGUGCUGCAGCGCGGCGGCUCACGAGCAGUGGGCUAAGGAGCGCGGUGAUGAGGCCACGGGGCAGACGCCCUCGCACACACCCAAGAAGGUGCUCGCUAAACUCAACAGCUUCAAGGUGGGAGCCCUACGCUCCAUGUCCAUCCAAGACAAUGACGAACCAGAAAACACGGAUGAGGUGCCCAAACCUGACGACUCGUUCAAUAUCGACAUUCCCGGGUCGGUCACGCUUUGGGAGGCACGGCCCAGGCCUACGAAUAGCGCACAAUACUACCAAUUCACGGAGUUCGCCAUGUCCCUCAACGAGCUAGAACGGGAUAUGAAAGGCCAGCUCUGCCCAACGGACAGCCGGCUGCGGCCCGACGUCAGGCUGUUGGAACAGGGCGAGAUCGACGCGGCCGCAGCCGAGAAGACCCGGCUGGAGGAGAAGCAGCGGACCGCUAGGAAGGCUCUGAAGAAGAGCCCCGAUGGGUGGCAGCCAAGGUGGUUCAGCCAAGGCACAAAUCCCUACACGAAGCAGGAGGACUGGCUGUACAACGGCGGGUACUGGGAUCGCAACUACCAACAUCUUAAAGACGUUGAUAUAUUUUAA